CUUCCCCAGCUUCCUCGUCCGUACUACUGCUGCUGUGUGGCAGUAGUCAGUUGGCCGACAGAACGAGUCAUUUAGGCCUCAGUCGGUGGAAAUUGCGCUGCUAGCCGCUUUCCCCAGUUCGGGGAACCAACCCUAGGCCGGAUUCCAAAUCCGUUCUGUGAGGGCCAAUGGCGCCGUAUUUGAGUCGCAUUAUUGGGGACUAUGGGCGGGGGACGCGUUCUUUGUGUAGUGCGCCAAGCUACGCCAUGCGCUGCAAACAUGCCUGAUUGAGCCUAGAUGGAGACUUUAAGGUUAUUCUUACCUUCCUCUUGGGGCAUGCGUGCCUCUGUAGCGGAACGCUGCGGCCCCGGUGCUAGAAAUUGUUCCUGAUUCAAAAGGCGGCGGUUUGCGCGCAUCAUCUCUGCAACACAAAGUUCAAAGCAGAAGCAGAAGCCGACGCUGUAGCUAGCAGAAACUUCGAAGACUACAGUAGUUCCCCCUCCAGUCAAUCAAUCGAGGCUGUCGCAGCACACAAUGCACGCCUCCAAGAUUGUCUCGUUCCUAGCGCUGUUGGCGUCCGCCACAGCCGUGUCCGUCACCCGCAGCCCCAAUGCGCCCGUGGGCAACGGCAACAAGCAGCUCACUUUUUCGGAUGCCGUCAUUGACAACACGCUGAGCCCGCGCUCGGCCUCGUCCUUCAGCUGGCUGGCCGCGACGGGCAACAGCACCGCCGACGGCGAGUACUUGACCAAGAACAAGGCGGGCGACUACAUCCGCGCCAGCGUCCUCACCAACAAGACCACUGUGACCGUCAAGGCGAGCCAGAUCCCCGCGGGCACCUCUCUCUACGCCGUCGACAAGUACAUGCGCACCAUUGUCGUGGUAGGCAAGCCGCACCGCCCCGAAUACCUCGAUCCCCUCCUCUACAACUACUGGGUCAUUGAUGUGGCGACGGGCAAGUCUGCGCCACUCAUGGCCGGCCAGAACAACGACAUUGCUGCCGUCCAACUGUCGCCGUCCGGCAAGGCCAUUGCCUUCAUCUACAAGUACAACGUCUACGUGUGGAAGUGCGGCAAGGUCACCCAGGUCACCUUUGACGGCAGCCGCGAUCUCUACCACGGUGUCUGUAACUGGGCCUGCGCCACCGACAACAUUGGCGGCCUCAUCUUCUCGCCCGACGAGAAGCAGCUUGCCGUUGUGUCUGCCAACAACAAGGACGUCUACGACUACCCCGUCGACUUCUUCACACAGGGCGAGGACCUGACCACGGACAAGCUCGCGCCCCAGUACCCGCACAACAUCCUGCGCAUCUACCCCAACGCCGGCGCCAAGGUCAUCCCCAAGCCCGAGAUCCGUCUGAUCCAGCUCAAGAACGGCACCGCCAUCACCCGCAUCCCCAUUGACGAGUACGACGGCAGCAACAUUCUCGACGGCUUCCUCUGGGCCACCGACGCCGCCAGCACCUUUGUCUACGAGAUCCUCAACCGCGUGCAAGACAAGGCCAAGAUUGUCGCUGUCGACGCCGCCACUGCCUCCAAGACUCUGAUCCGGGAGCGCGCUGCCGACGACAACGGCUGGCUGCGUAGCGACUCGUUCGACGUCAACGCCUUUAUCGGCCGCGUCGCCGGCAAGUCCGCCAACUACAUCAUCGAGGUCGCCGAGGACGACGGCUGGGCUCACCUCUACCUGCAGGCCAUUGACGGCAGCGACCGCAUCCAGCUGACCAAGGGCGAGUGGGAGGUCCGCAGCCUUCUGAGCGUCGACACAGAGCGCCAGGUCGCCUACUUCAGCGCCACCAAGCAGCACAGCACCGAAUCCCACCUGUACAGCGUCUCCUUCGACUCUGCUGCCGACUCCGUCACCGCGCUUGUCGGCGAAGAGCCCGGCUACUGGUCCGCCUCGUUCACCCCCAGCGCCAAGUACUACGUCGCAGCGUACCAGGGUCCCAAUGUCCCCUACCAGCUCGUCUACAAGGUCGGCAACAACGAGGCCCUCGCCGUGAUCCAGGACAAUGCCGCGCUCGUCAAGCUUCUCGACAGCUAUAGCCUGCCCAACAUCAGCUUCUACGAGAUGAAGCACCCCGACGGGUACACCAUGAACGUGAAGCGCAUUGUGCCGCCCAACUUCGACCCGAGCAAGAAGUACCCCGUGCUCUUCCAGCCCUACGGCGGCCCCGGCAGCCAGCGCGCCACCAAGGCCUGGACAUACUACUCAUGGGUGCCCUAUGUCGCAGCGGACCCGGAGCUCAGCUUCAUCGUGUACAUCAUCGACAACCGCGGCACGGGCUUCAAGGGCCGCAAGUUCCGCUCCCCGAUUGUCGGGCAGCUCGGCAAACUCGAGGUCGAGGACCAGAUCUGGGCCGCCAAGGAGCUGCUCGCCACCACGCCGUACCUCGACGCCAACCACGUCACCUUCUGGGGCUGGUCGUUUGGCGGCUACAUGGCGUCCAAGAUUGCCGAAAGCGACACGGGCGUGUUUACGUGCGCCCUCAUCACCGCACCCGUCAGCGACUGGCGCUUCUACAACUCGGGCUACACGGAGCGCUACAUGAAGACGCCCGAUGUCAACCCGGCGGGUUACGACGCGCGCGCGGUCCGCAAGACGGCCGGCUUCAAGAACAUGAAGGGCGGCGUCGCGUUUACGUUUGGCACCGCCGAUGCAAACGUCCAUCCGCAGCACUCGCGUGUUGUCCUGGAUAAUCUGGUCGGCGACGGCAUGCUGCCUUCCAAACUCAAGACGUUUGAGUUUACCGACAGCGACCACGGCAUCAAGUACCACGGCGCCACGCGCUUCCUCUACCGCUUCCUCACGGAGAGGCUCUGGGACGAGCUCCAGCGCACGGACAAGGUGCACCAAUGGAGCCAGCCUGAACAGGUCUUUGCUGCUAAUGCCUCGGCGCCUGCAAAGGGCUCUACGCCCGAGGACUACGCUGCUGACUCAGGGAUGAAGGCGCUGUACAUGGAGGGCGUUGUCUUUUAAGUAGUGUGCUGC